UGGGGAGACAAAGUGAGAAGGGAAAGGGUCCCCUCUAUCACAUUAUUUGGCCAAAGAUGCCAAAAAGAACAUCUCCUCACCCAUAGACUCCAUUAUUUCGCCCAAACCUUCCCCAAGGGAGAGAGAAGCUCUUGAAGACACACCUCCAUAGUUUCCAGCCGUGCUCAAGGAAGAAGGAAGCUCAAGGGAAAGGAUUAAAGGUGAAGAAGUGAGGAAAAGCUUGAGGAAACAAGGUGUUUCAAGAACUUUCACGGAGUUGAAAGGGUCGCCGGAGUUGUCGCCGGAGUUCAUUGAAGUUCACCGGAGUUUCACCGGAGCUCAAUCGGGAAGGGCUAGAACUCCAUAAGCUUCAUUAAGGUUGAGGCUAGAGUCCUACUACCUGCACCUUCGCCUAGGGUGAUUGAUCAAGGGGGAAGACGUGGUUCGUGCUUCCAUUCUUAUUCAAAAUUGAUGAACUGCUCAUGGAUAUUUUUAACAAUGUUUUCUAUUAAAACAUUUGGGGGCCUGCGUGCCCGUAUUUGCCACGUGUGGCUAAGUAUCAAACAUAUCUUAUUUUCCGCAUUUGUUUGACUAAUAUAUAUUGAUGUUGAUUGUAUGGGUUUACUUAUCGUCUUGGCAAUAGAACUUAACGGACGCCUUGUAUGAUUUGAUAAGGAUGAACUACGUUGUUCUUAUUGAGUUGUACGGCGGUUGUCUACGUGGCACGGACGCGGUCCGGGGCGUGACAAUUAAAUGGUAUCAGAGCCAUCGAUUUCUAAACUAUAUAAUUAACCUCUCAAUAUAGUAUCAUCAAGAAGUUUUGAACAAAACCAUGAGCAAAAGUUUUUGUACUUAAGGAACCGUUGGAAACCAAGUUAUUGACCUCUUAUUGUUAAGACGGUACCCUUAACAGUUUGCUGGCCAUAAUGUUGGACCAAGUAGUGUCUUUUGUACUAUUCCGUCAAUUGACAUUGAUACGAGUCUAAUGGCUCAUUCCAAAUUUCUUUCAGAAAUGGAGGGUAGACGCAUGGCUACGAGGAACAACCCGAGAGGGCAAACACCGGUGACGUCCGAAGGGGCUAGCCAUGUUGCAUCUCGGGGCUCGAGAGGCGGAAGGAGAGGCCGUGGAGGCUGUGGAGGCCGUGGAGGUCAUUGGGCUCAAACCGUGAGCGAUGACCAUGUUAGCUCGGUGCACGGAACUCACACCGAGGAUUAUGACUCUACUUAUGUUCCCGAGACGGAACAGGAGGAGACCCCAUACGAUGGGGGUGAUACGUACACUGAUGAUGACAAUGACGAGAGUGAUGCCAAAUUCGCCCAGAUGGGUGAAUUGUUUGAGUGGUAUCAAAAAGAGAAACUAAGAAGGGACCUUAGGCGUCAAGCUAGACGUGCCUCUCAGGGGGGAUCGGG